AGACAAUCUCAAUUCGUUCUGAGUUCAUCAUACCUCAUCAUAUUUCAUCUCAUACACUCAAGCUAUACCCUUCUACCUCACUUACAACAACAACAACAACAUGGAUGCCAUUAAGAACAACUCCACCGUAUCCGCUGUCGAGGUCAAGCCUUUCGAUGUCAAUGCUGCCCGCGGAUCCGCCGUAAACACUGCUGUCGAGAUCUUCACAGUCGAUCAAGGGCACGUCACUCUCCCCAACGACCUCUCCCCUCUCGACGCCCUGUCCAGCAUCCUCCGUAGUAUCUCGUCUGUCUUUGAGCUCGACGUCUGCGCAGACCUUGACCUCAGCUGCCGUAACAUCCUCCACCGCAUCCUUCAAUCCAUCUUCGACACAAACACACAAUUGCUUCUGGAACAAGAGACAUCCGAGUUCUUUGCGCACCUUAGCUCAAAACAAAAGGUCCGCAUCGUGGCCCAGGCCAUUGCUGCUUUCACAAUCAUCUUCCAGCGUCUGGCGCAGACGGGCGAGAAGGUCAACUAUGGCGUCCUCAACCGCGAGGCCCAAUUGUUCGCCGAAAGCGACCAGCGAGCUUUGAUGCAGAGCCUUAUCGAGGGCGACAAUGUGUUCGAGAAUUGCACAAAGAAGAGCGAUAUCACUGAGGCUAUCAUCACUGCCAUGGACGCCGAUGAAGACGCCGCGACACCCCAGCCCAUCGCCGCUGACGACAAGCAAGACUUUAUGUUCUCACCCCGCGCUGCUCUAGAACAUAAGAACAUGGGCGUUCCCUGGGGGUUCAGCAUCAUGACGAUCAACUAGAUCACUUGACGAAUCACGACUGGCGUUUUUGGACGGAGGACUCUCCCACUGGUAUCAUUUAGCGCGGCAUUUAUAAGGUGCCGGAUAUUUGUCUAAUUUGCAUUAUUUUCAUCAAUAUUUUUUGUAGAAAUAUAACUCAA